UUUCCACUCAAACUGAUAUUAACGCGCACACGCUCAUUGAAUCAGCGAUCUUAGGGGGAGAAAAAAAGUAGAUUACAUUGUAUGACUCGUCGUUAAACAUAGGCUACCAAACAAGGAGCAACAGGCUGCUUAGCAAAAGUAAGAGGACAGGUGGACAGCAUGGCACAAAAAGAGAAGCUUCAAUGUCUGAAGGACUUUCACAAGGACACUCUGAAACCUUCACCAGGGAAGAGCCCAGGUACGAGACCUGAGGAUGAGGCAGAAGGCAAAGCUCCUCAGAGGGAGAAGUGGGCCAGUAAGCUCGACUUUGUCCUGUCCGUGGCCGGAGGCUUUGUCGGAUUAGGAAACGUCUGGCGCUUCCCUUACCUUUGUUAUAAAAAUGGUGGCGGUGCAUUUCUUAUCCCUUACUUCAUCUUCCUUUUCGGGGGUGGUCUGCCGGUGUUCUUCCUGGAAGUCGCGCUGGGCCAGUACACCUCUGAGGGAGGGAUCACCUGCUGGGCUAAGCUCUGCCCCAUCUUUACUGGUAUUGGCUAUGCCUCUAUCGUGAUCGUGUCUCUACUAAACAUCUACUACAUUGUGAUCUUGGCCUGGGGACUCUACUACCUGUUUCAGUGCUUUCAGCCCGAGCUCCCCUGGGCAAAGUGCAAGCAGCCUUGGAACACAGAGCACUGUGUAGAGGACACAGUGCGCAAGAACAAGACCCUUUGGCUGGCAGCCAACGCUACCAACUUUACCUCCCCCGUCACCGAGUUCUGGGAACGCAACGUCCUAAGCAUCUCCACUGGAAUUGAAGACAUAGGGCCCCUGAAGUGGGACCUAGCACUGUGUCUCCUGGCAGUGUGGGUCAUCUGCUUUUUCUGCAUCUGGAAGGGAGUCAAGUCCACAGGGAAAGUGGUGUAUAUAACAGCAACUUUCCCAUUUGUCAUGCUGAUUGUACUGCUGGUGCGUGGCGUGACUCUUCCUGGAGCCAGAGAAGGGAUCAAAUUUUACCUUUACCCUAACGUAACCCGCCUACAAGAUCCAGAGGUGUGGAUUGAUGCAGGAACCCAGAUUUUCUUCUCCUAUGCCAUUUGCCUGGGCGCCAUGACGUCACUGGGGAGCUACAACAAGUACAAAUACAACUGCUACAGGGACUGUUUGCUGCUGGGAGGCCUCAACAGCGGUACCAGUUUUGUGUCUGGCUUCGCAAUAUUUUCCGUCCUGGGCUUCAUGGCACAAGAACAAGGGGUGGACAUUGCCGAUGUGGCAGAGUCAGGUCCUGGCUUGGCCUUCAUUGCCUACCCUAAAGCUGUGUCCAUGAUGCCACUGCCAACCCUGUGGGCCAUUCUCUUCUUCAUCAUGCUGCUGCUUCUGGGCCUUGACAGCCAGUUUGUUGAAGUGGAAGGUCAGAUCACCUCUAUUGUGGAUCUGUAUCCAGCCGUCCUCAGGAAAGGUUAUCGGCGAGAGAUCUUCAUAGCUGUGAUGUGUUUCAUGAGCUAUCUCCUGGGACUCGCCAUGGUGACAAAAGGUGGCAUGUAUGUGUUCCAGCUCUUUGACUACUAUGCAGCCAGUGGUGUGUGCCUUUUGUGGGUUGCGUUCUUUGAAUGCAUUGCUGUAGCCUGGGUUUAUGGAGUCGAUAACUUCUAUGAUGCAGUUGAGGAUAUGAUUGGCUACAGACCAAACCCAUGGAUGAAAUGGAGCUGGUCCAUAAUCACUCCUGUCCUCUGCAUGGGCUGUUUUGUCUUCUCACUGGUGAAGUACAAGCCAUUGACCUAUAACAAGGUGUAUGAGUACCCUGACUGGGCCAUUGGUCUGGGCUGGAUUUUGGCCCUGUCCUCCAUGAUCUGCAUCCCAAUGGUGAUGGUCAUCAAGAUCUUGCAGUCUGAGGGACCUCUGAUUGAGAGGAUCAAAGCAGUGGCAGCCCCAGCGAAGUCAGGCGUGAGCUCCCGCCCGAAAGAAUACAACUUGAAGGGCAGCGAGCUGACACAGCCCCUGGACCCAAAUGGGAACAAUGGCUUAAUCAAGCCCACCCACACCAUUGUAGAAACAAUGAUGUGAGCGCUCUCUGUGAGAGGAAUACGAUUGAUGUGCUUUCUGUGGUAUCAUAUUUGCUAACUUUAGUAGGUUUACAUUGUCCGGUAUAUUCACGUUAGAGAUAGUCUGGUUUGAUUUCUAUGAAGAGGGUUUUAUUAUUGUAUUUUAUUUUUCUUGUGAUUUUUUUUUCUUCAUUUUUUUACUAUAUUGAUAUUGUUGUUGUUACAGUUGUUGUUGCUGUAGUUGGCACUGAUCUCAGUUUGGGCAGUAUUUCGAGAUAAAACAUUUUAAAUGUUUACUACCUUUCUGUUGAUUCCGGAAAGAUGAGGAAUUUGCUUUUUUUUUUGCCAGCGCUAUAGAAGAAAAGAGGAAAUUCUCACUUUUCACGUUGUUAAAUAAACUAAAUGAGUAAUUAACUGCAAAAAAAGGUGGAAGGUGUCACGUGAUUGUGACGGUCUUGUUGUACUGACUUCUAAUUUUUAUGUCAUUUUAUGCCACAAUGAAAUGAAUGUACCUCCGCUUGCGGCGGAAGCCAGUCACCGACAUCUCUCAGAAAACAUAUCCAUGACAUUUUGAGCAGCAAUAUGCAGUGUAUAGAGUAAAUCUUGCUUGACAACUUUUAAGUUACAAGUUGGUCUUGGCCAAAUACUGUGAGAAAUGCCUUUUUAAGACGAUCCAUCCUGAAAGCAGUUGAGAUAAAAUAAGAGAAAACGACAGGUAGGAAAUAAAAAAAAGGGGGGGAAACAAGGGAAGUGGCAUUUUUAGAGUAUUUGUACACUGCCUGUGUGACUACUAUAGUCAGUACCAGUGCAUUUAUUGAAACCUCUCUUUGCACUUUAUAUGUUGUUUCACCUUUAUUGUAGUGUGUUUUUAUUGUUGCAGAGUAUCGCAGCUACAUUUGCAACACAUUUCAGGAGAAACUAUUUUUAGCUUCUAACUUUUUGAAAUUGUAAACUUUGAUAUGAGGUAUCUAGUUGUCUCUUGAGACGAUGACAGAAUAGAAAGUAGAAACUUACCAUCAGAUAUUCAGAUUUCUCAUUGUUAGUGGGAUCUGUGAGAACAUCACUCAGAAGCGUUAGUUGUUACUAAACCGCCUGACAGCUCUCUCCGUUGUGCUUUCAGCAGCAGGUGCGCUCUGCAGAACGACCACUGGAGUCUGGCUUUUAAUUCAGUUGUAUUUGAGAGAUUAUGUGUAGAAUUUUAAUUGUUUGUAAAUCACAUAUGCCUUUUUGUAUCAAUUUUAUACUGCACAUCAUCUGAACACCAUCACUGAUUCAUUAUUUUAAUCAAAGCUCACCAAUGUGUUUCGCUACAUGUCAGUUAUCGUGAGCCCGGAUUUGCACAUUCAGGGUGCAAUAUUCAGUGAAGCGGUGGCGUAGUCUAAUCAUACGUAAUGCAUAACAAAGAAACAACUUGCAAUAGUUCAGUGCAACUUCUUGAGGAUUGUUUUCCUGAAGCAUGUGUAGGAGCCACCACCGUACCCUGCUGCUUUCUCCUUUUAAAAAAUUGCAAUGUGGAAUUUUAAAUGUACCAAAGUAUUUUUGUCUCACAGUUUUUCCCUUUGAGAUGCACAUUGCAUCAUUUCUAUAUAGAUUAAAUAAACAUAUUUUUCUUUGGA